AUGGGACUUCAGCAUUUGAGACCUGUGCAGCUGCUCUGCCUCGUAGGGGCCAUCUCCACUCUGCCUUGGGUUGGGGCUCUUUUGUGCUAUGAAGCAAAGUCCUCGCUCUUCAGAGCUGUUAGUUUCCAGAACUGGAAAUGGUUACUGAUGAGGAGCAUGGUGUGUAAGCUGAGUGAGGGCUGCGAGGAGACGCUGGUGCUCAUCAAGACAGGGAACAGAAGGGGAGUUGUGGGUUUUAAAGGCUGCAGCCCAUCCUCAUCUUACCCCCAGCAAGUCUCCUACCUCGUUUCACCGCCUGGAUUGUCCAUUGCCUCCUAUAGCCGCGUUUGCCGGACAUAUCUCUGCAAUAAUCUCACUAACUUGGAUCCUUUUGUGAAACUCAAGGACACUCCUAAGCCUACAACAUUUUCUUCCCUUAGUUGCCCAACCUGUGUCGGGGAGCACUCUAAGGAUUGCCUCCCAAAUUUUGUUACCACCGCUUCUUGCCCCCACAAUGCACCUGCGUGUUACAGUUCCACCAUAAAAUUUCAGGCAGGACUUCUCAAUACCACCUUCCUCCUCAUGGGCUGUGCUCGUGAAUAUCGCAAACUUUUAGCAGAUUUUCGCUAUAUUGGGACCAUCAGAGUGAGUGAGGCCCUCAAUGUCUUACAGAAGGCCCAGGUUGCUGGUGCAGAGCCUUCCAGUCGGGGUCCUGCUUGGGGCAUCCUCUCAGGUCUCCUGCUUGCCUUUAGGGACUGA